AUGGCCGACAGUAUCCAAUUACACACGGUGCGGAAGCACUCGAAAAAAAGUACUUAUUACAGCGCUGCCAGCAGGUACCAGGCAGAGGACGAAGCCUCCCACCUGGACGAAAUGCCGCUGAUGAUGUCAGAAGAGGGCUUUCAAAAUGACGAGAGCGACUAUCACACCCUUCCUAGGGCUCGGAUCAACCAGAGGCAACGGGGUCUGGGCUGGCUCCUCUUGGGGGGCUGGAAGCUCCUAUGCUGCAGCUGCUGUGAGUGGUUGACACAUACAUGUCGCCGCAAGAAAGAGCUAAAGGGCCGAACAGUGUGGUUGGGCUGUCCAGAGAAAUGCGAGGAGAAGCACCCUAGGAAUAUAAUCAAAAAUCAGAAGUACAACAUCUUUACCUUCGUACCUGGGGUUCUGUACCAGCAGUUCAAGUUUUUCUUGAACCUUUAUUUUCUGGUGGUGGCCUGUUCACAGUUUGUGCCAUCUCUGAAAAUUGGAUAUCUUUACACCUAUUGGGCCCCUUUGAGCUUUGUGCUGACAGUGACCAUGAUACGGGAAGCUGUGGAUGAGGUGCGGCGCUACCAGCGGGACAAGGAGAUGAAUUCCCAGCUUUACAGUAAACUCACUGUCCGAGGUAAAAUUCAGGUGAAGAGCUGUGACAUACAGGUGGGAGACCUCAUUAUUGUUGAAAAGAACCAGAGGAUUCCUGCUGACAUGGUUUUCCUGAGGACCUCAGAGAAAAAUGGAGCUUGUUUCAUCCGCACAGAUCAAUUGGAUGGUGAGACAGACUGGAAACUGAAGGUUGCAGUAGCCUGUACACAGAGGCUGUCUGCAGUGGGGGACCUCUUCUCCAUCAAUGCCUAUGUCUAUGCUCAGAAGCCACAGCUAGAUAUCCACAGUUUUGAAGGCAACUUCACAAGGGAAGACAGUGACCCCUCCAUCCAUGAGAGUUUAAGCAGUGAGAACACUCUGUGGGCCAGCACUGUUGUCGCUUCAGGCACAGUGAUAGGGGUUGUCAUCUACACUGGCAAAGAAACCAGGAGUGUGUUAAACACAUCCCAUGCGAAGAACAAGGUGGGUCUACUGGACAUGGAACUGAACCGGCUGACCAAAGCCCUGUUUUUGGCCCAGGUGGUGCUCUCUGUUGUCAUGGUGGCACUACAAGGCUUCGUUGGCCCCUGGUUCCGAAACCUCUUCCGCUUCAUCGUCCUCUUCUCUUAUAUCAUUCCCAUCAGCCUGCGUGUCAAUCUGGACAUGGGGAAAUCAGCCUAUGGAUGGAUGAUCACAAGAGAUGAAAAUAUUCCGGGCACAGUUGUGCGAACAAGUACCAUCCCAGAAGAACUGGGGCGUCUGGUGUAUCUGCUGACAGACAAAACAGGCACUCUGACACAGAAUGAGAUGAUAUUCAAACGGCUCCAUCUGGGAACUGUGUCAUAUGGGACAGACACAAUGGAUGAGAUUCAGAGUCAUAUUGUACAGUUGUAUGCACAGGUCAGCAGUAGCACCAGCUCCACAUCAAUGCAAAAGUCCCAGUCCUCUGCACCCAAGGUGCGGAAGAGCGUUAGCACUCGUGUCCAUGAGGCAGUGAAAGCCAUCGCCCUAUGCCACAAUGUCACCCCCGUGUAUGAGUCCCAUGGCAGGGCCAGUGGUGAAACUGAGUACACUGAGGCUGACCAGGACUUUACUGAUGACAACCGCAUCUAUCAGGCCUCCAGUCCAGAUGAGGUAGCCCUGGUCCGCUGGACAGAGAGUGUGGGCCUCACCCUGGUGAGCAGGGACCUCACAUCCAUGCAGCUGAAGACCCCUACUGGACAAAUCCUCACCUUCUACAUCCUACAGAUCUUUCCUUUCACCUCAGAGAGCAAAAGAAUGGGGAUCAUUGUUAGGGAAGAGGCCACAGGUGACAUUACAUUUUACAUCAAGGGGGCCGAUGUUGCAAUGGCGAGUAUUGUGCAAUAUAAUGACUGGCUGGAAGAAGAGUGUGGCAAUAUGGCCAGAGAGGGCCUACGCACUCUGGUGGUGGCUAAAAAGUCCCUGUCAGAGGAGCAGUAUCAGGACUUUGAGAGCCGUUACAACCAGGCCAAGCUCAGUAUCCAUGACCGGGCUUUGAAGGUUGCUGCAGUGGUGGAGAGCCUGGAGCGUGAGAUGGAGCUUUUGUGCCUGACUGGUGUGGAGGACCAGCUGCAGGCUGACGUGAGGCCUACUUUGGAGCUACUGCGCAAUGCCGGCAUUAAGAUAUGGAUGUUGACAGGAGACAAACUUGAAACGGCCACCUGUAUUGCAAAAAGCUCACAUUUGGUAGCUAGAAGCCAGGAUACCCAUAUCUUCAGACCAGUCACAAACAGAGGGGAAGCCCAUUUGGAGCUAAAUGCCUUCAGGAGAAAGCAUGACUGUGCACUAGUCAUUUCAGGAGAUUCACUGGAGGUGUGUCUGCGGUACUAUGAGCAUGAGUUUGUGGAACUGGCAUGCCAGUGUCCAGCUGUGGUAUGCUGCCGCUGCUCACCUACACAGAAAGCCCAGAUUGUCAAACUGCUGCAGCAGCACACUGCCAGUCGGACCUGCGCAAUCGGUGAUGGAGGCAAUGAUGUCAGCAUGAUCCAGGCUGCUGACUGCGGCAUUGGCAUAGAGGGAAAGGAAGGGAAGCAGGCCUCCCUGGCUGCAGACUUUUCCAUCACAGAGUUUAAGCACAUUGGGCGACUACUGAUGGUCCAUGGCCGCAACAGCUACAAGCGCUCUGCUGCAUUGGGUCACUUUGUAAUGCACAGAGGCCUUAUCAUCUCCACCAUGCAGGCGGUAUUUUCCUCUGUUUUCUACUUUGCCUCUGUUCCUUUAUACCAGGGCUUCCUGAUGGUGGGGUAUGCCACCAUCUACACCAUGUUCCCUGUAUUUUCUUUGGUCCUGGACCAGGAUGUGAAGCCAGAAACUGCAUUACUGUACCCUGAGCUAUAUAAAGACCUCACCAAGGGUCGUUCCUUAUCAUUUAAGACUUUUCUGAUUUGGGUAUUAAUAAGUGUAUACCAAGGUGGUAUCUUAAUGUAUGGAGCGCUGCUGCUGUUUGAGUCAGAGUUUGUGCAUGUGGUUGCCAUAUCCUUCAGUGCACUCAUCCUCACAGAGCUCCUGAUGGUGGCACUCACCAUCCGCACUUGGCACUGGCUCAUGGUCCUGGCAGAGUUCUUCAGCCUAGGCUGCUAUGUGGCAUCCCUUGCUUUCCUCAAUGAAUACUUUGAUAUCGCAUUCAUCACAACUGCAGCAUUCUUAUGGAAAGUGUCGGUAAUAACCCUCAUCAGCUGUCUUCCACUUUACAUCAUCAAAUACUUGAAGAGGAAAUUCUCCCCCCCAAGUUAUUCUAAGCUUAUCACAUGAGAGUAAGUUCACUAAAAGUUUGCUUACCAAGUGAGGCCUUUAUGGAACUACUCAGAUCUUAUUUUUUAAUCAAGAACUUUGAGCCUUCCCUCUCUUUGUAUGUUUGCUUUUUCCAUCUCUUGACUGAAGACAAAGACAUGUUAAAAUUACUUGGAAUGGCUUCAAAUGACAGGAUGAACUAAGUAAAUUGCCUUCAGAUACUUCAAUGCACUAACUACAGUUCUGCAA